CCUCGCUGAUAGUGGGCCAUGUCGUGGGGACAUGCCAAGCCUCAUUAUAGAGGGUACAGACAGACGUUUGAGCAAUGGAGAGGGCCUGAUUUCACCCCGUGUACAAGAACUGGGACAGUUUAAUUUUCUCAAUCACACGCGGUCUCAUUCUCAACUUCAUUGAAGCCGUAGCUCGUCAAAUCAGGAUGGACAGCCUGGAGAAGCAGCUUAUUUGUCCCAUUUGUCUGGAAAUGUUCACGAAACCGGUUGUGAUUCUUCCGUGUCAACACAAUCUUUGCCGGAAAUGUGCCAAUGACAUUUUCCAGUCCUCAAAUCCAUACCUUCCCACCAGAGGAGGCACAGGGGCAUCAGGUGGCCGUUUCAGGUGUCCAUCCUGCAGGCAUGAAGUUGUGUUGGACCGCCAUGGGGUCUACGGUCUGCAGAGAAACCUUCUGGUGGAAAACAUCAUUGACAUGUACAAACAGGAGAACAUCAGCAGCAGACCUUCUCCAGAGAGGAAGGUUGACCAGCCAGUGUGUGAAGUCCAUGAGGACGAGAAAAUCAACAUUUACUGCCUGACCUGCGGCGUUCCCACUUGUUCUAUGUGUAAAGUGUUCGGCUCCCAUAAAGACUGUGAAGUGGCCCCUCUUAACAGUAUUUACCAGACGCAAAAGACAGAGCUCUCGGAUGGAAUAGCAAUGAUGGUGGGCAAUAAUGACAGAAUCCAAGGCAUCAUCAGUCAGCUGGAGGAGACCUGCAGAACCAUAGAGGAUAAUGGCAGGCGACAAAAAUCCAAGGUGUGUGAAAAGUUUGACCAUUUGUACACCAUCCUGGAAGACAGGAAGACACAGAUGAACCUGAAAGUGAACGCUGAACAGGAAGAGAAGCUGAAUUACAUCCAUGGCAUCACGAGGAAGUAUGGAGAUCAUCUGGAGUCCAUGACCAAAAUCAUGGAGACAGGAAUCCAGACAAUGGAAGAACCUGAGAUGGCUGUUUUCUUACAGAAUGCCAAAUCCCUCUUGCAAAUAAUUGCCGAAGCAUCAAAUACCUCGCAUCUGGAGAAAGUGGAGCAUGGCUAUGAGAACAUGGAUCAUUACUCUGUGAGCUUCAAAAAAGAGGGCAGGGCCCUACAAAAUAUCGACUUCGCCAGAGCAGAUGAUGAUGAAGAGGAGGAAGAUGAGGAUGAGGUGGGUGUCGAUGUGGACGGCCGGGCAGGGCAGACAACCUCGGGAGAAGGGGAUUCACUGAAAGAAGCCCUUCCGCCCCUUCUUCCCCCACAACCCAUGAGCACACUCAAACCUGCCACAUCAUCAUAACUUCACAAACUAUUUUACCAGUGUCUUUCAUGUUCUGUUUCUGUUUCAGUAACCCCUUAAUAAAAGUCACUAGAUGACUAAAUAUAAAUGGAGAUGACUUAAGAAACCUUUGCGAGAUUUGUGGUGUUGUCACCCAGUGUUCACAUGGUGUUUUCAUUGCAGUUGGCACAACAGUGGUGUUUGAGUUAUGAAUGAUAUGAUUCGCUUUAAAUAUUCUGGAUAAUUUGGAUAUGACAUUAUUAUUUAGAAACGUCAACAGAAAAUAAAAUGUUACCCUUAUGUAUUGUAGUCAUUUGUAACAGAUUGAAUUCAAACUAAGAUCCAGUUCAGUUCCAAAAGCAUUGGUGUAUCACAUUUAUAGCAGAUGCCUAAUCUACAUGAAGAAACAUCCGUGGCAAAGCGUGGAAGUAAUCACUACAUCUCUUUGCUCAAAGGGUUGUCUUCCCCUGGUCUUGUAUGCAAAGAGUAAACAAGUGUUGUUCACACAUCUUGGUGGUCGAGCUGAAAUAACAGUGCCAGCACAUUGCGUAAUCCAUAUAUUCUGGCCCAGUGGAGGGUGAUCAGUGACAGGAUGUGCUUCUGGCUUCACGCAGAGAACAGUUACAACCAACUUAAUGAGGUCCAGGGAGCACAACCCCAAAACAACACUCGCCUCACCACCUUCUGCAAUGAAUGAAUCCUAGUGAAACUGAGUCUGUGGUGCUGCGUAAAACACAAGGUUGAAAUGUUCUGAGUGCCUUGUUAGUUCACAUCUGAGUUAUUGAUCAGAUUUAGAUAUGCUUCACCCAUUCAGUUUAUGACACGCUUCGGUGAAACUACACCCAAGAUCUCCAGUGCUGUAGAAUGAGUCACCGCACAUCAGUUAUUUGGUUUGGUGUGAAACGUUUCAGUCAUCACCAGUGUUUGUACUGCAUUUGAUAAUCAGUUGCCUUUGUAAUCAUGGUCUUGUCUACUCAGUUUUUUUCUCCCCAAAAACAUUUUGUCCAAAGAAUGUGAAUUAUCUUUUAAAAGACAUGCUGCCAAGUCCAGAAAAAAAUAUAUUUUCUAUUUAUUUAUUAUUACAUCGGUGUAAUUGAACGUUAGGAAGAAAAUUGAUUUAAUAAUUCAGUGUAUAUGUGCAAUAUACUCUGAGGAACCUUUUUAUUAUUAUUAUUAUUAGGUUAAAUUUCCUGGUAAAGGUUAAAUCAAUCAGGAACAAUGUGCCAUACCUGUCAAUCAUCUCUGGAUGACCCUCAUUUAUUGAUCCUUAAAGUUAUCAAAAAAAUAAAUAAAAAUGUAACGUUUUAAUGCAUUGAUAAAUAAAAUACAAAAAUUACGCAAUGACUGUGAAAAAUAAGUAUAUUUAUUUUUUAAUUAUUUAAUCACUUUUUCAUGUCAAUAAUCUAGACAAGAGGUGUCAAACUGACUUUCAAAGUUUUAUUGAAAAAUAUAAAUAUAAGACAUUCUCUUGCACAACAAAAAUCAAUGGUUGCUCAUUAGUUUAUUAACAAACGUAGACAGUGUACUGUAUGUUACAAUGAAACUCAGGUCUGUCAUAAAAUAAUACAGUACUGGAAAA